AUGAUGGCAAGCCGACUGUUAUUAACCGAUCGCGGCGCGACGUUGGCCCAGGCGUUAGCCGACUCUUGCUCGACGACUCUUGAACCAACGUUGAAACAACAUUGGCCACAUCUUAAAAUUCGGGAUACCAACGGUUAUUGGAAACGUAGGGCAGUAUCAACGGAAGGGGAGACGAAGGAAAACGUGCGUCAAGGAUACGAGAACCUCGCAGCCGACGGAGAGGAAGGAAAACGUGCGUUCAAGGACACAAGAACCCCGCAGCCGACGGAAAGGAGGAGAAAGCGACGGAGAGGGCAGUCAGCCAAUGGCAGCGUCGAAGCAAGCAACGACAAGCAGUUUCCCAACGAUGAAAUUGUGGACGUCGCGACGUGCGAGGAAAUAGAGCAGAGACUCAUUAGGCAUACGAACAUUUUGUUAGAGUUCGAAAGGAUCCAGGGCUCAAUCGAUGAGCUCACGGAAGAUCUUAAAGAAACUAUUGAAGCACGCGAGAAAUUCGAGUCAGAAUAUUACAUGGUAUUAAAAUACGCAAACAAUUUAUUGCGUCGCGGUCAAUCAACCAAGGUGGUCCCAUUGCAAGGUCAAGCAAACGAGCAACGUGGUAUACAACAAGAAAACAGUACGAUUGCACAUAAUUUUGAGCAUCUUUCGUUACAGAAUAAUCAAACGUUAGCUGUACAAUCAAGCAGCACACAAGGUUUACGUAUAAAUCAGACUAAUAUACCGGGUGUUAAAUUGCCAAUCAUAGAACUACCUAAAUUCAAGGGCGAUUUAUCCGAUUGGUUGAAAUUUCGAGAUACUUACAAAUCUAUCAUUCAUGAUAAUCCAAAUAUUAGCAAUAUUCAAAAAUUUCAUUAUUUAAUGUCUUCAUUAGAAGGUAGUGCGACUCAAGUAAUUGAUGAAUAUGAAUAUACAGAGCAGAAUUACGAGAUUGUUUGGGAAGCGUUGCAUAGGCGUUACAACGAUCCCAAAUUGUUAAUUCACAAUCAUAUAGAAGCUAUGUUCAAGUCAAAGCCGAUUCUUAACGAAUCGUCGGAGCAAUUAAAUGAAAUAGUCGAUAGUAUCACAAAGCAUACACGCGCAUUAAAAAAGUUAGAAGAACCCACGGAGUAUUGGGACUCUUUACUCAUUUAUCUCAUUGUUACAAAGUUAGACGUAGAUACUGCUCGGGAAUGGGAAGAGCAAAGGUUAAAAUUAGCAGAGAAGCCUAAAUUGGAGGAUUUAUUAAAAUGCUUGCGUGCACGCGCUACGUUAUUACAAACAAUAGAAAGAAAAAAGGGUAUAAUCAAAACAAAAAAGAUUACUCCAGGAAAAACUAGUACUCUUUUAACAAAAAAGGUUAGUUGUGCAUUUUGCAAGGGAGAACAUUACAUUCAAAAUUGCAGCAAUUUCCUAAAAUUAUCACCACAAGAGAGAUCUGAAAGGGUAAAACAAUUAAGGUUAUGUACUAAUUGCCUCAGAAAGGGUCAUUAUUCAAAGGAGUGCACUUUCGGAGCGUGCCGAAAAUGCAACAGUAAGCAUAAUUCGUUACUACAUUUCGAAAAGGGAGACCAAUCAGAGGCGAAGGAAUCCACUGCAGCAACAAUGUGUGCGGCAAAUCACGCUAAGGUACUUAACGAACCUAAUGUAAUUAUUGCAACGGCUUUAGUAGGCAUAAAUAAUAGCAAUAAAUUUAAGGAACAGACCAGAGCCUUAUUAGAUUCCUGUUCUCAAUCCAAUUUUAUUUCAGAAAGGUUGUGCAAGAAAUUAAAACUGGAAAAGAUUCCAAUUGAUGUACAAGUGAUGUCAUUGAAUCAAGCCGGUCCCAAGAUCAAUUAUAAAUGCGAAGUAGAAAUAGUUUCACGUACCAGCGGUUUCCGAUUUAAAACGGUGUGUCUUGUCAUACCAAAAUUAGUAGAUGAUGUAAUGCCAAAUGAAGUAAUUCCUUUGAACGACGUGCAGAUUCCCUCGCAUCUUAAGUUAGCCGAUCCCUCUUUCCAGACGCCAGGGCAGGUAGACUUAUUAUUAGGCGCACAAUGGUUUUGGGAAAUACUCUGUGUAGGCCAAAUCAAAUUAAGCAACAAUCUUAUUAUGCAAAAAACGCGGUUAGGAUGGAUAGUAGGAGGUCCCAUGAGCGCUCCAGCUCAAAAAAUCGUAAAAUGCAACAUUCUAAAAAACGUUAAUUUGGAACAACAAUUGACUAAAUUUUGGGAGCUCGAGGAAGCUCCGAUUACAAAGGCAUGGUCUCAAGAGGAAAAAGACUGUGAGUCCUAUUUCGUGAAAACUACGCGACGGAAUAAUGACGGGCGUUUUAUCGUAAACAUGCCUCUUAAAGAAUCACCGAAGGUUCUAGGCGAAUCAAGGCACCAAGCCGAAAGACGUUUAAUAAAUCUCGAAAAAAGACUGAAAAGAACUCCUGAACUUAAUAGUAGCUAUCGCGCAUUUUUAAAAGAAUAUGAGCAAUUAGGUCACAUGACAGAAGUAAAUGAAAGCUUAACAGUGCCUUAUGUUUAUUACUUACCACAUCACUGCGUUGUGAAAUCAGAGAGUCAGACAACUAAAGUAAGAGUCGUGUUUGAUGCAUCCGCAUCAACUACAAGCGGAAAAUCCCUAAAUGAUAUUCAAAUGACAGGUCCCGUAAUACAAAACGAUUUGUUCUCAAUUAUAAUCAGAUUUAGAAAACACGCAUUUAUUGUAUCCUCAGACGUAACAAAGAUGUACAGGCAGGUACUAAUAGAGGAGCAGCAGAGACCGUUACAAAGAAUUUUAUGGCGGGAAAAUUCAGAAGAUCCAAUCAAAACCUUUCAAUUAAAUACUGUAACCUACGGGACCACUUCCGGAUCAUUCCAGGCAAUCAGAUGUUUACAUCAGUUAGGAAUAGAAUGUGAGCGCAAUAGGCCAGAAAUAGCUAAGAUUAUAUUCAACGAUUUUUACGUAGAUGAUAUGCUCACAGGCAGUGAUACAAAAGAAGGCGCAAUCUCAAUAGCGGAACAAGUUGCACAAGUUCUCGCAGCAGGGGGUUUCAAGUUACAAAAAUGGGCUUCGAACUGUUCAGAAGUAUUAAAUAAAAUUCAGGAAGGUAAGGAAGCACUAACUAAUAUUCAAUUUACAAGCGACGGGCAAAGAAAAACCUUAGGAGUUAGUUGGAAUACGCUAGCUGACGUUUUAAUUUAUUUAGUUGAUGUACCAAAGAGCAAAAAAAUUACUAAAAGACACAUUUUAUCGGUAACGUCUAGAAUUUUUGAUCCGCUAGGACUACUAGCACCUUGCAUAAUACCAGCUAAAAUUAUGUUACAAAAACUAUGGUUAGAAAAGCUUUCUUGGGAUGAAUCGUUACCAUCUGAAUUACAUAAUCGUUGGUUGCAAUACAGCGAACAAUUAACAGAGCUAAAUAACUUACAAAUUUUGAGACAAGUAGUUAUAAAAUGUUAUAAGUCGAUUCAAAUUCACGGAUUUUCGGAUGCUUCCAAAGAUGCAUAUGGAGCAUGCAUCUAUGUGCGUUCAACAGAUUCCGAAGAAAACGUUAAAGUCAGUUUGCUUUGCGCCAAAACAAGAGUUGCUCCUUUAAAAACGCAAACUAUACCUCGUCUUGAAUUAUGUGCGGCACACGCGCUCGCAAAAUUGGUCACUACAGUGGUGUCGGCUCUUAAUACAGAUAUAGAGUCCAUUACGUUGUGGUGUGACUCUACAAUAGUGUUGAGUUGGAUAGCCACUCAGCCAAAUCUUCUAGCGGUAUUUGAAUCAAAUAGAGUAGCGCGUAUUCAAGAAUUAACUGUAGGAUGGGCGUGGCGGCACGUACCCACUCAAGAAAAUCCCGCGGAUUGUUUAUCGCGCGGAGCAACUCCCAGAGAGAUACAACGUGAUCACAUGUGGUGGAACGGACCCACAUUUUUGAAGAAGUCCUCGAAAGAUUGGCCACUACUACAAACUGCAGAACCUAUAAGGCAAAAGACAAAGUCCAUGCUUAUCAAAAGAACGAGCGAAAAUCUAGUUAUAGACGCAUUGUUUACAAAGUUUUCGAAUCUACCUAAGAUCGUUCGAAUUAUCUCGUAUUGUCGUAGAUUUGCACGUAGGUUAAAGACAAAGCAGGCGACCAAAGGAGUUAUAAGCGCGGAAGAAUAUAAGGGCUCAUUAAUUGAAUUAGCAAAAUAUUCGCAGCUUAAAGCCUUUCAGGAAGAAAUCGAAUUAAUUAGCUCAGGUAAAGUAAACACCAAGGGAAGGCUAACUUCUUUAACACCCUUCUUAGAUGACGAAAAAAUAUUGCGUGCGGGAGGACGAUUAAAAAAUUCACUAUUUUCGAUGGACAAAAAACAUCCGAUUAUAUUAGCAGCAGAUCAAAUAUUUACUAAAAGACUUUUCGAAGAUAUGCAUAUACGUUUAUUACACGCAGGCCCUUCUUUAUUGUUAGCAUCAAUACGGGAGCAAUUUUGGCCAUUGGGAGGUAGGAAUUUAGCGAGAAGAGUUGUACACGCUUGUGCAACGUGUUUCAGAGCAAAUCCUAAAUCACUACAAGCUUUGAUGGGCCAUCUCCCACGAGCAAGAGUCUCUGCAGACUUUCCAUUUUCCAUCACCGGAGUGGAUUAUGCAGGACCUUUUUUAAUAAAGGAUAAAAAGGGUCGAGGAUGUAAAAUCCAUAAAUGUUACGUUAGCGUGUUCGUUUGUUUUGUAACGAAAGCUCUGCAUCUGGAGCUUGUAUCAGAUUUAACCAAAGAAGCAUUCAUAGCGGCUUUGAGACGUUUCGUGUCAAGGCGAGGAAAACCCGCGCAUAUUUAUUCCGACAAUGGAACCACCUUUGUUGGAAGCAAUAACGCACUUAUAGAAUUCGGAAAAUUCAUCGCUAAGGAGGUGAAGAAUUUGAGCGAAACGAUUGAGGACCUGGGAAUUUCUUGGCAUUUCAUUCCCUCUUAUUCGCCUCAUUUUGGAGGGUUAUGGGAGGCCGGAGUGAAGGCAACAAAGUAUCACCUAAAACGGGUAGCUGGUAAUGCCCACCUAACAUUUGAGGAACUCUGCACCCUUUUAGCACAGGUUGAAGCACUUCUAAAUUCUAGGCCGCUAACCCCUCUGUCUACCGACCCCAACGAAUGUGCACCCCUUACCCCAGCUCAUUUCCUCAUAGGCCGAACAUUUAUAUCAGCACCUGACCCAAGCCUAGCGCAUAUAAAGGAAACAAGAUUGUCCAACUGGCAGAGAAUUCAACAAUUGCAACAAAAUUUUUGGGAAAGAUGGAAUAAAGAGUAUAUUUCUGAGUUGCAGCAAAGGACAAAAUGGAAAACGCCUUUUCCGCCAUUAGAGAUCAACACGUUGGUCUUACUGAAGGAAGACAAUUUACCCCCAGCCAAAUGGAGGCUCGGACGAGUAACCGAAGUUCACGUCGGUUCUGAUGGCAUCGCUAGGGUCGCAAGUGUUAGAACGGCCAGCGGGAUCACACGUAGAGCCUUUCCUAAGCUAUGCCCAUUGCCACGAGAUGAAACACUAGCUCACCCCUGA